UCCAGACCACCUUUUCUCAGUCUAAAUAAAACCACUUGGCCCAUCUUCAUCUUCCAUUCUCCUCUCCUCCCUCUCUCAAGAACUGGUUUCUCAUCUUCUUCUCCCAAAAAACACUCCCUCUAUUAAUAUCCUCCAAAAUCUUUCUUUUAAUUUCAUUAACUAAAUUCGAGUCAUCUCUUCUUGUAUCCCUGAAAAGCUCUAUUUCUUUCCCCUGUAAAUAACACAAAACAGAGCAUCCAUCCAUGGCUGCCAACAGGUUUGCUACCAUCAUGCACAGAAACUGUAACAAGAUCACACUUGUUCUUGUCUACGCUAUUCUCGAAUGGAUUUUGAUUGCUCUCCUUCUUCUCAAUUCUCUCUUCUCUUAUCUACUAAUCAAAUUCGCUGAUUACUUUGGCCUUAAAAGGCCCUGCAUCUGGUGUUCUAGGAUUGAUCAUGUUUUUGACCCUAAAAAGGGCAAGUGUUCUUACAGAGAUCUUGUGUGUGAAUCUCAUGCCAGUGAGAUUUCCAAAUUGGGUUUCUGCUCAAGACAUGGAAAGUUGGCUGAAUCGCUGGAUUUGUGCGAGGAUUGCUCUUCCUCAGUUGAAAAUGGUGAGAUGAGUACCAGGUGUUCUUGCUGUGGUGGAGACUUGGACACAAAUUUCUAUCUAGGCAAGCUUUCUUGGAGGGUUUUGGACUAUACCCAUAAAGGAAAUUUGAUCUCAGAAGGAGCAGAUGAUGAUAAAGACGAUGAAGGAGAAUGUCCUGAUCUACCAAAUCACGAACAGGGGAUCGGAGAAAUUCAGAUUGGAAAAAGACAAGUGGAGGUAGAAGAGAACUCUUCAUGUUCUGUUUCUAAUUCUGAUUGCAAAGAAGUGGUGACUAGUGAGGAGAUUAAAGAAGAUCUGAUUUUCGAAAAGGAGCAAGAUCGAUUAAAGGAAGAUGACUCAAAUUUGUUUAUGCAUGAUCAAUCUCGUGAUCAUCCGAUAACUGAAGUUGGAAAUGCUCCUGCUGAAACUCUGCCUCAGCAUCUGGAGUUCUUCAUUGAUCAAGAUGAUUGUCAUUUAAUCCCGGUCGAUGACUUGAUUAUUGUAGAAAACCCAACUCCAAGGACAAAAAAAGAAGAAAAGGGAAUCUGCAGUGAUGAAGAUCUUAUUUUUGAGUUUGGUAAGCAUUUUGAGUCACAAUUGGAAGAGAAAGAGCCAAUCCUUUCUGGCCAUGGAAGUGAAGAGAAACCAAAAGAUGCAGUCUUUGAAUCAAUUGAAUUCGGGGAGUAUGUUAGUUCUCCAGUUUUAGUUUUCCAAGGGGAUUUGUCAAAGGAGGAAUGUGAACAGAUUACAACUAUUCAAGCACCUUCUGUUGAUGAAAAUGAUGUUCAAGAAAGCACAGAAAGGGCAGUGGAAGAGAUGGGUUUGGAUGCUUCGCUAGAAUCUGAUGAAGCUAUCCAAAUGCAAAACGAUGAAAUCGAAGUAGAGGUCUCGAUAGGGACGGACAUUCCUGACCAGGAGCUGAUUGAUGAUAUACAAUGUCAAGAAGAUCCUGCUCCGACCAGCAAUGCUGAAUUUAGUGGAGAUGACGAAUGCCGUUCUAAACGAGCUGAGGAAGAUCUAGUUGAAUUUAAGACCAUAACAGUUCAGACAAGGGAGCUAGUGAUGAACAAUCAUUUAUCAUUCUCUUCAGAGCUUGAUGAGAAUAUUGAGGAAGAUAAUAUUCCUGACACUCCUAGUUCUGUCGACAAUCUCCAUCAUUUACACAGAAAACUGCUGGUACUUGAAAGAAGAAACUCGGGAAUGGAAGACUCUUUGGAUGGAGGAAGUGUCCUUAGCGACAUUGAGGGUGGUGGUGAUGGAGUUUUGACAACGGAGAAGUUGAAGUCAGCUUUAAAGGCUGAACGCAAGGCUUUGAAUGCUUUGUUUGCAGAACUGGAAGAAGAGAGGAGUGCAUCUGCAGUAGCAGCAAGUCAAACAAUGGCAAUGAUAAAUAGGCUUCAAGAGGAGAAGGCAGCAAUGCAGAUGGAAGCUCUUCAAUACCAGAGAAUGAUGGAAGAGCAAUCCGAAUAUGACCAGGAAGCUUUGCAGCUUUUGAAUGAUCUAAUAGUGAAGAGGGAGAAAGAGAAGGCCGAGCUCGAAAAGGAGCUUGAAACUUAUCGAAAGAAAAUACAACUAUAUGAGGAGAAGGAAAGAAUUUUAUUGUCAGGGAGAAAAAAAGGCUUUAGUCCCAGAAGCGUGACAACAUCUGCAUCUUGUAGCAAUGCCGAGGACAGUGAUGGACUAUCUAUUGAUUUCAACCAUGAAACCAAGGAAGAAGAUAACUUGGACAACCAUCAAGAAAUCGGAAACCAGAAUACGCCUCCGGACGAAGCUCUCUACUUGGAGGAGUCAUUGGCAAACUUUGAAGAAGAGAGACUAUCUAUUCUAGAGGAGCUCAAGGUUUUGGAAGAGAAACUCUUCACAUUAGAUGGUGAUUCUGAUGAAGAUGAACAACAUUUCGAGGAUAUAAAGCCGGUUGAGCAUUUGAGUCAUAAAGAAAAUGGUAAUGGCUACAUUGAGCAUAUUGAUUAUAGCAAUGAAGUAAAUGGGGUUAUUGCAAAUGGCCAUUCAAAGGAAACAAAUGGAAAACAUCACCAAGAAAGAAGAAUUAAGGCAAAGAGACUUUUGCCACUUUUCGAUGCUACUGAUGAUGCAAUAUCUGAAGAAGAUCAAUCAAACGGAUACACAGAAGGGAACAAGAAGCCUGCGCUUGAGGAGGAGGUUGACCAUGUCUACGAAAGGCUACAAGCUCUCGAGGCAGAUAGGGAGUUCCUAAAGCAUUGCAUCACCUCCUUGAGUAAAGGAGAUAAAGGGGUAUACCUUCUGCAGGAAAUAUUACAACAUCUUCGCGAUCUAAGGAGUGUUGAAGUUCGAGUAAAGAACAUGGAGAAUGGUGCUCUACAUUGAUCAUAUCAGCAAGCAUUAUUGAUCUCAUUUACAGUUGUAAAUUCAGGAUGAUGAGCAUCAAAUUGUCGGUGUCAAACGACACAGAACUCGGUCAAGUUCUGUGAUUCUGAAAGGAAGUCUCUUGAAUGAGAAAGUGGAGAUGGUGGCUAUUUUCCCUUUCUUGUUAAAUUGUCAGGUUCUGUGAUUCUCAAAGGAAGUCUCUUGAAUGAGAAAGUGGAGAUGGUGGCUAUUUUCCCUUUCUUGUUAAAUUUUUGGUGGGGUUGAGUUCAUUCAUCAAUCACCUUUUGAGGGAUAAAGGAGAAUGAUGAGUGUAUGCGUGUGUAGUGUAGAAGAGUGAGGUUAAAGCCAAGUUGUCAUAAUUUUCUGAUAUGAUGUCGUGUUUGAAGAGCAUGUCAUGUAAAGCUGGAGAGAUCCAACAAAGCAUAUAUUAGCUCAUUUUAGACAGAUAGAAGAACUCUAGGGCAAUAUUUUUUUCUUUAAUUUAUUUUUUUUUCUUGGUGAAGGAGAAGAAGGGGUAAGUAGCCCCACUUUUCUUUCACACACAUUUGCAUUAUUGGGUUUGUAAUAUUUUUUUUUUUCAUUAUUUGGAGGGGGAAAGUAGUAUACUAGUACAUGUAUCCAUCUGUAAAGUACAUAUAUAUAUAUGAAGAGAGUGUUUGUUUAUUCUU